AUGACGUCUGGUAAAAAAGACUGCAUCACUUUAAACAAACAAAAGAAGCAGAAGAGGUUUCUUAAAGAUAGUCUUUUGAACCUACACAAAAAGUUUUUGAAGAAAUACGAUUAUAACGUCAGUUACUCAUAUUUUUGCAAAGCAAAGCCAUUUUGGGUUAUAGUUCCUACAGAAAAGGAUAGAGAGACCUGCAUGUGUAAAAUACACGAAAAUGUAGAUUUGCUGGCGAAAGCUCUUCACAAAAACGAAAUAAUCGUCGAAAAAUCUGCAAACGAAAUCUUGUCUUCUAGUGUAUGCAACAUCUACAAUAUAAAAUGUCUGGAAAAUAAAUGCAGAGUUUGCAUUAAUAAAGGCCUGACAGUCAGGGAGUUUAAAAAUUCUAUUGAGAUUGAAUAUCAAAUGUGGGGCUCGGGUUUGAAGGAAGUACGAACAAAGAAUGGAUUAAGAAUAAUAAAGAUUACUGAGAAAAAACAGUUUAGAGGAAAACCAAGAGAAGUAUUACUUCUUUUGUUAAAGCUUCUAAUAAAGUUUUACGUUCACAAUGCUAAUAUUGUGAACCAGUACGAAUGCACAACGAAAUUGAAGAGGGAACCUGAAAGCAACAGUGUUGUGAUCCAUAUGGAUUUUAGUGAAAAUUAUUCGAUCAAAUACAACACCGAGAUUCAGUCUCUGCAUUUUGGCGGAAGCCGCAUGCAGAUAAGUCUUCACACUAGCGUUAUAUACCUCAGUAGCUCUUCAACACCUAUAAGCUUUUGCACAUACAGCGAUAGCGUGCGUCACGAUGCAGCUGCUGUCUGGGGACAUAUAAUUCCUAUACUGAGGUAUAUCGAGAAAACGGCGCCAUAA